AUGAGAACAUUGGGUACAUUAUCUGGCUACCUUUUCGAAUGCAACUACAUGCCGUUAUCUGAUUCUGAACACGACAACUGUCUAAUGACUCCUGACUCGGUUCUCGAACCGGCUGGUUUGAACCAGACUUCAUCUGGUUCAGGAGGAUAUGGUGGUAUGGAUUGUAGAACCACUCUUGCUUGCACUGCAACUACUGAGAUAAUUAGAAGGAAGAGAAGUGGUUGUUCAGCUUUUCGACCACCGUGUCGGCCAGCAUGCUCGUCUGUAAUGGAAAUCACGGGUACUGAGAAGCCAUUAUGGAAGAACAAUGGACGUUCUCCUUUAGGUUGGCUCACCUUCUAUAACAAGACAGAGAUUUUGGACAGACGAUGGCACAUUCUUGGCCUUGGUCAUAACUCAGGCGUUGAUCGAAAUGAGAUUGAGCAAGCUGUCGUUAUACACUGA